AUGGCAAAUUUUUGGUGGGGUUCUGAACCGAACCUGAGGAAGAUUCAUUGGAUCUUCUGGGAUAAGCUCUGCCUCCCAAAAGCUUUAGGUGGAAUGGGUUUCAAGGACCUAGAAUGUUUUAAUCAGGCUAUGUUAGCCAAACAGGCUUGGAAAAUUCUCAACAGACCGCAAUGUCUUCUUGCGAGGUUCUUAAAAAGCAUUUAUUUUGAUGGAGGAGAAUUUCUUUCGGCUCCACUUGGGGGUAGACCUUCCUUUACUUGGAGAAGCCUGUUGUUUGGUAGGGAUCUUCUUCAAAAAGGCUUGCAACACAGAGUGGGUAAUGGGCAGUGUACACGAGUUUGGCUAGACAAAUGGGUGGAUGAUCCGGUUGUGGGCCUUAGGGCUCCAUGGAUUAAGAACAUCACUUUUGAUGCCAACUUAAGGGAAAAAUCUCUCAUUGAUUCUGAAUCGAGAAGAUGGAACCAGCAGAAGCUUGGAGAGUUAUUUAUGCAAAGUGAUGUGGAGAUCAUCACUCUAAAUCAACCUGUGUGCCACAAAGAUGAUUUUUUCACUUGGAUUCAUAACAAGAGUGGCCAAUUCUCUGUUAAAUCUGCAUAUUGGUUGGCUUCUAUGGCAAAGUUUAAAACAAAUUUUCCAGACUCCUUUGAGUUCCCUUCCUUAAAUGGCUUGAAAGAAAGGGUCUGGAAAGUGCAGAAGGUUCCUAAAAUCAGAGUCUUCAUCUGGAAAGCAAUGAGUAGUGCUCUUUCUGUUGCAGAAUUGAUCAAUGCCAGAGGAAUGAAUGUUGUUGUUAGGUGCCAAGCGUGUGGAGAGGAGCCAGAAUCAAUUAAUCACACUCUCUUUGGAUGCCAUGUAGUUAGACAGGUAUGGGCCAUGUCACCAAUUCCGAACCCCCCUGGAGGUUUCCAUGAGUCUUCGGUGUUCUCCAACCUUGCCUUCCUUCUCAACUCAAGGAAAGAAAAGGACUGGGCUGUUACUGAGAAGGCAAUCAAGCCUUUGUUCCGCUCAAAGUGGGAACCGCCACCGUGCGGUUGGCUCAGGUGCAAUGUUGGGGUGGACUGGUGUAAAAGGGACGGUCUUGCUGGAGGUGGCUGGGUCUUGAGGAAUGAGAGAGGUGUGGUCAUCCUUCACAGUCGUAGAGCAUUUUCAGGUUUGCUUAAUAAAGUUGAGGCAAAUUUUGAAAUCCUAAAAUGGGCUGUGGAGAGUAUGAGAAGUCAUCAUAUCUCCAACGUGAUCUUCUCGGGGGAUCUUGAGGAUAUGUUUGGAGCAAUCACAGGACCGGAAGCAUGGCCAUCCUUCCUGUUCUAUGAUGGAGAAAUCUAG